UCAUAAUUGAAUACUGUAUUCGUUAUCUGACAUAUGUGUGACAUGGACGUUCAAUGUUUGCGCAGAUAGAAUAACGAAUUCAGUAUUUGACUAUUCCAGUACAAUUCGAAUAUUUGAAAUACUGUUCGUGUAUUUGAAUAUUCACAGCAUGGAUUAUGUGGACUAUAACGAUUUGGAAUGAAUCGAAAUUGAAGUUUUCUCAGAAAGUAUCUCAGAUAAAAAAUAUGCAUAUGUAACGAUAAAAAGUGGUAUCCUGAAUAUAGAUUUCAAAUUUCAUGUCAAUCGGAUAAGUAGUAUCCGUGAAAAGUUAUCCACCAGUUUGAAAAACCGGUUUCGAGAAAAAGGCGUUUAAAAGUUAAGGAUCGAUUACUUAUCGCUGCGACACGCUUCGUGGAAAACGUUAUAACUUCGUUAAUAUUAAUGAAUUUCAGAUGAAUAUAGUAUUCUCAAAGUAUUUUAAGAAGUCACAAAAGAAAUUUAAUUUCGUUAGAGUAUCAGCCUUCGUUGUAACGAAUCGUACACAUACAUUUGAUUUUAUAUCUACACGUGCUCUCUUGGAAUACAUCACUUAGGAAAAAUUAAAAGUUCGUAUGCUUUUUCUUCACAAAUAAAUGGUAAGUUUAUCUCGGAAAGAUACGGAAUUAAUUUCUACACCUAAUAGAGAAGACCGGACUGAAAUGUUCGGAAACGGUCGUUGAACCGAUCGUGGCAGUUUUGAUGUUAAAACUCCAUCCUGGCGACGAGUACGCACAGAAUGUCCCACUAUCAAACUGUCGAAACGGUAGCAGCCGUACUCGAGACACGCAGGAAUGCGAGUCUCAUUUAGCCGAUAAAACUCAACCGGCGUCAAAGUCGUUCGGCGGUCCGAGACGGUUGCGAUCGAUUUUCCAGAUUCUCGAGAAACCGGGCCAACCUGGUGGGGAAUAUUUAGGGAAUAUAAGGUGCUGUAACAAGACAAGGCGGCCGUAUAUACAGGAGUCGAAUAGAUAGUGAAAGUCCCCCAGAGCUAACAGGAGCGUAGAGGGCAAGAGGGGGGUAGGAACGGGGGACCCCAGUAAGGUAUAUGAGGGCCUCAGUUCGAGCAACCGCUGGUACUCUAGCCUCGCUGCCUACUUACAUUCACACACACUAACACAACUCACCACCUGGAACACAAUGCACACCGUCGCGACGGUACUAUUAGCGGUAGCUGCCAUACUCUCGGUAUCGGCGCAGCAAUACCAGCAGCCAGGUGGAAACUACGUCGACGAGUACUCGGGAUACGAGUCUCCAAGACCAGCGCAUCCGACACCGCGAAGCUACGCGUCGGACUCGGCACCGUCGCGGCAAUCCGCUGGCCCGACCACCCCUAAGCCGACACCAGUGGCCAUCUUGAAGCAGAUCAACCGACACAACGAGGAUGGCUCUUACACGUACGGUUUCGAAGGUGCGGACGGCUCCUUCAAGAUCGAAACGAAACUGGCCACGGGAGACGUGAAGGGUAAAUACGGAUUCGUCGACGACACUGGCAAAGUGCGCGUUGUGGAGUACGGAGCGAAUCAGUUCGGCUUCCAACCGGCUGGAGAGGGUAUCACGGUGGCACCGCCGACGCUGGAGGACGAGACGACCAGCAAGGAAGCCCUGGAAGCUCUGAACUACCAGGACGGUUAUCAGCAGCAGGUAGCCAGGCCAGCGCAGUCCAGACCUCAGCCACGCCCAGCACCCCUUCAGCAGAUCCAAUACGAUCAGUCAGCCUACCAGCAACCCCAAUCCCACACCCAGGCUGUCUACGCCCAAGCUCCAAGACAGCAGGCCAUUCCCAAGCCACCGAUUUUCACGCCAGCCGGCGGACCUCAGCCCGGAUUCCCCAGACAGAGCCCCAUCCUUCAGGGCGACGACCCCUCGCCACCUUCCCAACUCUACAACCAAGGCCCAGCUCAAUUCGGUCCAGCACCAGUCCAGGAACACCGUUCCCAACCCCAGCCGCGCAGCCAGAGCGGCGGAAUCCUCGAUCAGCUGGCUAGAGACUACGCUCUGCCCCAGGGAGGCGCACCGCCCUUACACGACAUCAGCUUCGGUUACUACUAAGUCUUCUAGUCCCUCCCGUGUCCGCCAGGGUGGCCCUCGUUCAUUUUGGUCUUUUCGUAUCGUCUGAAGACGCGAUGCUGCGACGGCGUACCUGGUCCUCGAGAUCGCUGCGCGCCGUCGAUCGUUGCCGAAGGAAAAGGUCAAGGGCUGUCGAUACAGAGAGAAAUUGGACGGGUAAUUGCUGCAAGAUAAAUUAGUGGAUUUUUUUCUGGUAGUGAGAACGAUUGGUGGAAUCUUCGUGAGGUCAUGUUUUGGCUGGAAUUGAUAGACAAAUUGAAUUCGAGAGCUGAAUCGAUGUUCAGGUGAAAAUUGAGAUUUAAAUGAUUGAUGGACGAUGAAUAUGAAAUAAGAAUAUUUGAAAAUGACAAUGCAAGUAGUAGCAGGAAUAUUAAAUCAAAAGCUGAGAGUAAUAAAGAGGAAUAAUGAAUCAAACUGAAAAUAAUAUGUCUUGCAUUUAACAGAGUAAGCAAUAAUACUUAAAAAUGGUAAUGCAAGUAGUAGCAAGAAUAUUAAAGUAAAAGCUGAUACUAAUAAAGAGGAACAAUGAAUAAAACUGAAAAUAAUAUCUUUUGCAUUUAACAAAGUGAGCAAAUUAAGCUCUGUAGAAUUGAACACCAAUUAAUUAUCGGACUCUUUACGUUCAGAAUAUUUUCUUCAUAAAUGUCCACCGCUCAAGAUAUCACUAACUCCUUUAAAAAAAUAUACUGAUGUUCAAUUCUGCAACUUUUAAAUUAUCUAGUAUUUAUAUUAUUUCUCUACCCAAAUAAUAGACAUUGUCCAUCAAUUAUAUACCAAGCUUGAGAAAACCGAGUAUUUCUGGUCGAGAUGCUACUGAAUAAAUUAUGUGUACGAUUGAUCCUCACCACCAAAGAAACUACUAAUUUCAUCUACAAUUGUUUCAAGAAUCAAGAACAAAGUGAUCAAUGCAUAAACCAUACAUAUCGUUUCUUGUUCUGAUUAAGUUUUUUUUCUCACGCGUAAAGGAUGUGUCGAAGGUCCUUGAUCUUUGUUUCGGUAAUACGAGCGAGUCACUGUCAUGUCUGCCUACCGAGUCGUGCUUUUGCUUCUUCGAUGAGAGCACGGGGUAUAUUCUUGCCAUUGGAAACAAACGCUAAGGGAAUAUUUGAUGAAAGAUUGCUCUGAUCGUAAACGUCCGUGGAGUGGAAAUGUCGGUACUGUUCAAGCAACUAAAAAAUUUAAUGCAAUCCCUAUAAGAA